GAGAUAGGCAGCUUGGACUGCAGAGUAGGAAUAUCAGGUCGAAGGCCGCCGUCGGUAAAGAGUCGGGGAGGGAAGAGCGGCGGAGGGAGGGUAUAAAUUAGAGAAGGAUCAGAGCGUAAGCACUCGGGUGGCAGUAUCGAGGGAGCACACGUCGCUGGCUCCCAGCGCCCUUGACAGAAGGUUCGACGAGGGCGGAGGAUCCGUUUCGCCUCACUUGCUUCGACUCCUCGGUGUUGUUUUAGAGACCGUUAGAUUAGCCUUCUCUCCCGUAGUCUUGCCAGAGUCGCAGACCAAGCCUUAAAGCCCGAGGCGAACGUAUAGGCCCCAAGGGGCAGAACGAUACUGAUGAGUAAUGAUGAGGACUGCGAUGAAGAACGAACGUGAUGCACUGCCAAGGGGCAGUAAUGAGCAUGGGUAACCACGGCCGCCUUCAGAGGGCGCUGUUCGGUGAGAGAUGUGCUAGUGGUUAUUGGUGGCCACGGAAGAACAGCCUUCUAAUCUUUACCCAGCUUCAUAUACACAGACUCGUUUAUCAAGCCUCCGAGGACCACCGAGAGACCGAUCCCGUUGGUCAUCACCAAAGCUGUGCUCUGUCGUCGCAGCAUAGUCAGUGGGUGCGAAACGCGGGUCCGUGGUGCCUGUCAUGGUUCUCGUGCUUUUGCAUGAUCUUGGAGACCAAAGACAAGGCAGGGGCCCCCAAACAUCGUCCAUUAUCAAGGCCAGUGCUGAUUUCGCUGAAGUGUUUGAGGUACUGUUCGGAAACGGUACGUUCACAGAGAUUCAUCAAGCUGGUCUCCUAGAGAUACACCGCAGGACAUUGGAGACGGCGCUUGUCCACCGAUAUGAGAAUCUUCUCAGAGAAUUGUGAAGUCAUCGAACAGAUGAUAGAGUGAUCUUUAGGCAGGAUGCUCAUCGACAUCGUGGACAGCGCAGAAGAGACGGAGGGACAUGGGCAUGAUUUUCUCACGACUAUCACUUUUGGUCCGAAGCAUCUAAACAAGCCAUUUCGGCCGAAAUGGCGGUUCCGCGCGGGGCGGAAUGGCAUUUUGUAUGUUUUGCUC